AAAUCUAUGUAGCAGGAGGGGGAGGAGAAGUGGAAGGUCAGAGUCAAGAGAGGAGUUGCAUUUGGGAGGCACAGGCCAGGCAGGAGGCACCGAGCAGGAGGUUAAGAUGUGGGCUGCAGAAAUGGUUCACAGAGUGGGGCUCCAGAUGCUGAGGCAGGGGAGGGCCAGCCCCCAGAGCUGUUGUUCACUUUUGGGUGUGAAGUCUGCUCAGAACUACACUGACAAGGCCACAGAGGUGGUACUGGACAAAAUGGGUUCAGUUUCCUCAACAGCCUCAGCAAAGGACAAAGAUAGCCCCAGCGAGGUGAAGUCCAAGUCAUUUGCGGUAGGGAUGUUUAAAGGACAACUUACUACAGAGCAGGUGUUUCCUUACCCUUCAGUGCUGAAUGAGGAGCAGAUGCAGUUCCUGAAAGAGCUGGUGGGGCCUGUGUCUCGAUUCUUUGAGGAGGUGAAUGAUCCUGCCAAGAAUGACAGCCUAGAAAAGGUGGAGGACUCCACCAUGCAGGGGCUAAAGGAAUUGGGAGCCUUUGGGCUCCAAGUACCCUCUGAGCUGGGGGGUGUAGGACUUUGUAACACCCAGUAUGCCCGCCUCGUGGAGAUUGUAGGGAUGCAUGACCUUGCUGUGGGCAUCGUUCUGGGGGCCCACCAGUCCAUCGGUUUCAAAGGUAUUCUGCUCUUUGGCACUGAUGCCCAGAAGAAGAAAUAUCUCCCCAAACUCGCAUCUGGAGAGAACUUGGCAGCUUUUUGUCUAACAGAACCUUCAAGUGGAUCUGAUGCAGCUUCCAUUCGAACUACAGCUGUGCCCAGCUCCUGUGGAAAGUACUAUACCCUAAAUGGUAGCAAGCUCUGGAUCAGUAAUGGGGGUCUGGCAGAGAUCUUCACAGUGUUUGCCAAGACGCCAUUGAAGGAUGCAUCCAGUGGGGCAGUGAAGGAAAAGAUCACAGCUUUUGUGGUAGAAAGGAGCUUUGGAGGAGUCACUAACGGGCCUGGUGAGAAGAAGAUGGGGAUCAAGGCUUCCAACACAGCAGAGGUGUACUUUGACGGUGUGCAGGUGCCUACAGAGAAUGUGCUGGGGGAAGUUGGAGGUGGCUUCAAAGUGGCAAUGCAUAUCCUCAACAAUGGAAGGUUUGGCAUGGCUGCUGCCCUUGCUGGCACCAUGAAGAGCAUCAUUGCCAAAGCAGUGGACCAUGCUGCCAAUCGCACCCAAUUUGGGGACAAAAUCCAUAACUUUGGGUUAAUCCAGGAGAAGCUGGCUCGAAUGGCUGUACUGCAAUAUGUUACUGAGUCUAUGGCUUACUUGGUGAGCUCCAACAUGGACCAGGGAUUUAAGGACUUCCAGAUAGAGGCGGCCAUCAGCAAAAUCUUUGGCUCGGAAGCAGCAUGGACAGUGACAGAUGAGUGUAUCCAGAUCAUGGGUGGCAUGGGCUUUAUGAAGGAACCAGGUGUGGAAAAGGUGCUUCGAGAUCUUCGUAUCUUCCGGAUCUUUGAAGGGACAAAUGACAUUCUGAGGCUGUUUGUGGCCCUUCAGGGCUGUAUGGACAAGGGAAAGGAACUCACUAGUCUUGGUAAGGCUUUGAAAAAUCCUUUUGGAAAUGCUGGCCUUCUGCUAGGAGAGGCAGGGAAGCAGUUCAGGCGCCGGACAGGUCUAGGCAGUAACUUGAGUCUGAGAGGAAUUGUCCACCCAGAUCUGAGUCGGAGUGGUGAGUUGGCAGUAGGAGCUCUGGAACAAUUUGCCACAGUAGUAGAGGCCAAGUUGAUAAAGUACAAGAAGGAGAUUAUCAAUGAGCAAUUCCUCCUGCAUCGAUUGGCAGACAGCGCCAUUGACCUCUAUGCCAUGGCGGUGGUACUUUCCAGGGCCUCCCGUUCUCUGAGUGAGGGCCACCCCACAGCCCAACAUGAGAAGAUGCUCUGUGACACCUGGUGUAUAGAGGCAGCAGCCCGGGUCCGGGAGACCAUGGCUAGCCUGCAAUCAGACCCCCAACAGCACCAGCUCUUUCGCAACUUUAAGGGCAUCUCUCAGGCAAUGGUGGAAAAGGGAGGUGUGGUUACCAAUAACCCCCUUGGCUUCUGAGCAUUCUCAACUUCUUUUUCUACACUACCCCAUAUGUGCCUUUUCUUUGGCCAAAGCCAGGCUUCUCAUUUCAUCCCUACCUUUCACUAGCCAGGCCCUUGAGAGAGGGGAUAGCUUUAAGGGACCUGAAGUGGCCAGGCCUAUUUAUCUCCUCUUACUAGGGGAGGGGCUUAAAAAUCUUGUAUUUCUGCCUUGACAAUGGGUGAGUUUCUCCUUCACAAAAAAGUAAAGAUUUUUAACAUGGAAAA